GCCAUCUGCUGCACGCCGCUACCAUGUGCGAAGUGCGAAGUGCGAAGUGCCACUCCCGCCCGCCUCUUUCGCUCUCUCCGUCCACCCCGUUGACCCCGUUCUCACCACUCCGUUCGCGUCGUCCUCCGUGAUUCCUCCGAUUCCGUAUCGCCACGGUCCAUUUCGCCCGUCCUUAAAGAGCGACGACUUUUCCUGUUCCCGAUCGCUUUUUUUUCUCUUUUCUCUCUCUGUCUCUCUCUUCUCCAAUCAAGCCAAGCCCUUGUAGAUACCCUCUUAUCUCCUCCCAGCCUUAUCUUCGUCAUCCAGUCCCCUGUUAGGUGUCCUUGGGUUGCCCUUCCUCUUGCUGGCACUUGCACUUUUUGUCCUGACCGCCGCCCCUCACUUGCUUCCCCACCAUACCCAGAACCGCAUAUCCUCAACUUCAACCACCACCAAACAUCACAAUGGCUCCCCACGCAGACGCCACCAAGGCGUCCUCCAACGGUUCCGAGUCGCGCUUCCACGCCUCGUCCACCGACGGUGCCAUUGCCAUUGAGAACGAGUACGCCGCCCACAACUACCAUCCCCUUCCCGUCGUCUUCUCCAAGGCUCAGGGCGUCCACGUCUGGGACCCCGAAGGUCGCAAGUAUCUCGACUUCCUCUCUGCCUACAGCGCCGUCAACCAGGGCCAUUGCCACCCGGAACUGGUCAAGGCCCUCACAGAGCAGGCCAGCCGCCUAACCCUGAGCUCUCGCGCCUUCCACAACGAUGUCUUCCCCAAGUGGGCUGAGAAGGUCCGCAGCGUCUUUGGCUAUGACAUGGUUCUGCCCAUGUGCACCGGCGCCGAGGCUGUCGAGACCGCGAUCAAGGUCGCUCGCAAGUGGGCGUACAAGGUCAAGGGCGUUCCUCAGGACAAGGCAUGGAUCUUUGGUGUUCAGGACAACUUCCACGGCCGAACGAUGGCUGCCAUUACUCUCUCAGUCGACCCCGAGUCGAGGGCCAACUAUGGUCCUUACGUUCCCAACAUUGGAGCCUUCAACCCCACUACGGGCAAGCCCAUCCGAUAUAACAACAUUGCCGAUCUGGAGGAGCUUCUUGAGACCCAUGGCAAAGAGACAGCCGCUUUUAUCUGCGAACCCAUCCAGGGAGAGGCCGGUGUCGUGGUCCCCGAUGAGGGUUACCUUUCUCAGGUCCAAGCUCUCUGCAAGAAGCACAACGUCCUCUUCAUCUGCGACGAGAUCCAAACCGGUAUUGGCCGAACAGGCCGCAUGCUCUGCUCGGAGUGGGCUGGAAUUAAGCCUGAUAUCAUCACCCUUGGCAAGGCCAUCUCGGGCGGUCUCUACCCCGUGAGUUGCAUCCUCAGCAGCAAGGAGAUCAUGCUGGUCGUCGAACCCGGCACCCACGGCUCCACCUACGGCGGCAACCCUCUCGGAUGCGCCGUGUCCAUCCGUGCACUUGAGAUCAUGGAGGAGGAGGACUUGACUGCCAAGGCCGACCGCCUGGGCAACAUCUUCCGGGACAGCCUUGUCGCGCUCAACUCACCCAUCCUCAAGACCAUCCGAGGAAAGGGUCUGCUCAACGCCGUUGUGAUUGAUGAGGAGGCUGCUUCUGGACGCACUGCGUGGGAUCUCUGCCUGCUGCUCAAGAGCAAGGGCCUCUUGGCCAAGCCGACCCAUGGCGACAUCAUCCGCUUCGCGCCACCCCUAGUCAUCAGCGAGGAGGAACUGCGAAAGGGACUCAACAUCAUCACCGAGGCCAUCAAGGAGCUCCCCACAGUCGAGAAGGCCAAGGGCCAUUGAAGAGGUCAUUAAUAGAACCAAACCAGAUGAAUCUGAGCGCGAGCUCCAAAGGCACUUGGAGAUUUGGUGUCUUGCCACAAAAGAAACCGGCCAUGGCGCCGUAGCACGGCGCUGGGAACCGGGAAUGAGAUAUGAUAGAUACCGGCGAAGCUCUGAAAGGCGUUUUUGUCUAGGAUCCGAUGGCUGCCAUUAGGCGUGUACAACUUGGAACAAACUUAGAUACCAUGCCGGAAAGCGAAUGCAAAAAGAAUAUGUUUUCCCA